AUGGCUCCCAGGGUGUCUCGCAGCGACUCCAGGCGCCAGUCGUCUAGGGCCGCCAGACCUUCGAAUGCUUCUUCCAACGGGCGACCAAGACUAGUCCAAUCCUCACGGCGGUUGCCAAGAGUCGGCACUACUACACAGCUCCAAGGAUUCGCUCCCAAUGCCUCUCCUCGGUCACGUCAGUCCCCAACUUCGAGGGGAAAUAUCCAUCUGUUGGCAGCGACUGGAAACGGGGAGUCACAUGACGAGCUUGAACGGUUGCACUCAGUCAUUAAAAGACUCGAAGACGGUCGCAUCAAUCAUGCAUCAUCCAGUCGAUUUAUCCCCCCAGAGCACGACUCGGCUGAGGUCCUCGAGCUUCCUGAAAUCGAUAGUGACAGCUCGCCGGAAGAAGUUGAGAACAUGAUCGCACAUAUGAUUGACUACUUGUUGAAAUGGACCGAUGAGAAGCCUAUCGAAGGAUCGGCAACUAUCCUUCAAGACAUCAAACUUAUUCACGCCUCGCUGCAAAGCAUCAUGGAAGUGCCUCGAGACGUGAUUUCUUCCCCCAUGGUCCGCAGCGCGCUCAGAACAUUCAGAAAAUGGUACGAGACAUUUGUCAGUACCUGGACUCAGGCUGUUCAUCACGCCCUCCACGGCGGGCUUAUUCGUAUCGAAACUCAGCUGAAGCAGUAUCCCGCGGCCUUGCUAGAAUCAGCAUUCACUUCGCUCGUGUCAGAUAUUCGCACUGCUUCCUCGAGCUACGCCUUGCUGGUAUUGCUAGAUUCUGCUCGAGACAAUAUCCCGUCGCUUGUAUCUGAUGGGGCAGCAAUAGAUCUGUUGGCCCGCAGCGCACGCGCGCAUGAAGUCUUUCAGAACGCAACCUACAUUUCCGAAGAAAGGGAGCUGUGGCUUCUGAUCUGGAGAGCCCUGAAGGCUGUCUUCAUUGCUUUUGAACAGGGAGGAGCGCCGACAUCUCCAACUAACAUAGAGCGCGAUCGCGAAUUCUUCCAGCUACCGGGAAUAUAUCGUGAAUUCAAGCGUCUAAUCAGCUCACCUGAUGCAGCCAACCCCCGGAGUAUUGAGGAUAUGGUUGGAAAAUACUGUCGAUACAUUUACAAGUGUCAGAUCGAUCCAGGCAACAAAUAUGAGUCCCUCCAGCGACCGCGAGACGCGCCUUUGGAAAGCCACACCAAAGAAUCGUUGAGAGAAUUCAUUCAAAUGGGCAAAUUUGAGACGAGCACUCUCUCCAAGCUCCAUUUCGCGGUUGCGCGAUUCAACGAAAUCAGUGGUGGGCCGGUCAAAGUCAGGAGAUGGCAGCAUGAUGUCGGCAAUGGAGAAUGGAAGACCGUCGCAUUAGAUCUUCUCUCCCCAUCUUUGAGGCUCACUGCUCAGAGGCGUCCUAGCUACUCCUCAUCUUUUGUCGGCCUUGAGGCUGGCGAGUCCUUUGGAGAUGCGGCACAGAAAUCAUCGAAACGCUUGUUCCCAUAUCCCGAGGGAAUCAACAUGAGGAGUGCUUUUGACUAUGUCUACUACCCUUUUGCUGAGACGCGUGCCCACGAACUGGUCCAGCAUGAGCAAAUUUCCAGGGAGAUGAGCCAACGCGGAAUUUUGACAGACGGUCCACGAGCAGAGUUCCUCAUUAACCGACCUCCCCGUCAUGCUCGUGAUCCUUCUGAUCUUUCAAUAUCGAGCAGAACGCUCAAGAGCCCAUUUGAAUGGAUACGCUUGGGGAUACUGCGAUUGCUUCCGCGGAAACGGCAUGCAUCUGAUGCCAAACACCCGAAGAUCAAUACUCUUCCUUCGCGUCGUUCGGCAAAGCUGUCCGCUCUGAAACCACGCCCUCUUCCCAUUGACCCGAAUGCGAGAGUGCACAAGUCCACUUCUGCCACAACUCCAAGCCUCAAGCUUCGAGGUGGAGGCCCCUCUCCGAGGCGACCAAUAUCAUCGUCCAAAAUUACCCAUGCUUUCAAUCCGUUAGCCUUUCGACGGAGGAGGAUGGACAUCUUCCGAAGAGAUUUAGAGAGCAUUUAUGGUAGCAGCAUACCUCUCGACGAAGACAAGAUGCUGCAUCUAUUGAAGCAAACAACCUACGAUGUUGAAAAGGCAGUAAAAUUGUACCAAAUGUCUAGAGGAGACAAAAGCAUUGGCCCGCCCAGGAGGACCACCAAAGAGCCACUCUGGCACGCUCGUGCAGGUGGAAUUGCAGGAAUUGCCUCCCGUCAAGCUGGGAGCAAGAUGAAUCGACAUCAAAGUCUCCUCGAGCAGAUUCUUGCCCCUGAGGACGUAGAGAUAUAUGCAUACCGGAUGGAGACUGGGAAUCAAUUCGGCACCGGGCCACUUGGAGCACGCCCGCCUGGAGAUUAUGGUGACGACGACGACGACGAUCAGCAUCACGGCCACCAGCAACCUUUGGCGAGACCACCAUUAGCCGAACUUCCCCUGGGCGUGGACACUCAUGAUGAAGCUGGGCGCGAAGACAGCUCUCAAUACAGUUCCAACCAAGAAAACAACCCUCCUCAGCCUCCCAAUCCUCCUCAGCCUCUCGACCCUCUUCAGCCUUCCAUUCCUCCUCAGCCUCCCAACCCUUCUCAGCCUCCUCAUAACUCUCCAACUCCUGAACCAAUCCAUGCACGUUGUCAUCCUUGCCCAACGUUUGACGGCGAGUACCAUCAUGUGUGUAAAUGUACCGGUAUUAUAGAACCCAGACCGUCGUCGGGUCUUCAAGUUCAUGAGGAUGAGGACUCAGAUGACGAGGAAACUCUGAGCUCGAGUUCCAGCUCAGCGAACGGAGAAGAGGGAACUCCCACACCUCGUCCUCGCCCUAACAGCGGACCACCAAGACAACAGUCGGGAGGUGGGAAUGGGCCAUCUGGUUCUCCGGCACCCCCUCCUCCCGCACCAGCUCCUCCAGCACCGGCUCCUCCGACGCCCGCUCCACUGGCACCAGCUCCUCCCGCACCCGACCCUCCGUCACCCGGUCCUCCCGCACCAGCUCCUCCGUCAUCUGGUCCCUCUCGUCGCAAUCGACGACCACCAAGAGAACAGUGGCGACUUGACGAUAGCAAAUAUGUGCAUGAAGUAUUUGUACACGAUCCGGACUAUGGAAACACCUUGACAGAUCUUGGUCAUGACAACGGGACCCUCAAUCAGAUUAUGAACAAUAUCUUCUUGCGGCAAGGUGCAAACUGGACCAGUGACGCCAAUGAACUGAAUAGGAUGCGUACAGAAAUCGCAGCUCUGGCAACCGAGAUCAUGACGCUAAGAAACCGAUAUCUGGAGUUGCUGGCUGAUCCGAAGCCUUUCAUGGAAGAGGUAAAUCGAGAUGACUCUCGAGCGCGGAACCCAGACGUUCCCGCCACCGUAAAGAUGUGCCGGAGAGCGGCUUACGAUGUGCAGCAGCAUUAUGAUCGACUAUUUCACUUCUUUGACAGGCCUCGUGCGCAACAACGACAGAAUCUCGGCUUCCGUCGCCAGUUCAACCGGCUCAUUGUAGCAGUGAGAGAGCUGCGAUUUCUUUUCCUCGAGUACUACCACGCAGAAAAUGGUGGAGGGAAUGUGGCAAGCAGUCAAGGACGGCAGCAAGGAACGAUAAACCAGCAAGACAAUCAAGACGACGAUACGCACUCGGACACGGACGACACUCUUUCGACGCUCGAAACGGCGCGGCUUGCCCAAUAUCGACCUUCACCCAAACCAAAACGAGUCAACAUCCUGCCGACCCGUGCGGAGUACAAUCUGAUGUUUGUGCCCGAGCUGGAGCGCGAGCUCCAAGAUCGCGGAUUCCCCGACCUGGCACAAGCGCUGGGGAAAAAGAGAUACCUGAAGCGCGACCUGGUCAAGAAACUCAUGCAGCUCGACAGAGAAGGCCGCCGUCUCGGGCACGGCGCCGAAUACGGAUAUCGCAAUAUCAGGGGGGACAGAACAGCUCGGCAUCGAUCGCCAGGUUGGAAUUUGGAGCAAGAGAUCACCAUGUACAACGGCCGCCGGUACAACGAGCGGUUUGAUAAGAAGGAGCAGAGGAGGGAAGCGAGACGACUAGCGAGGAUGGCCCGAGGAUUGGAUUCGCCUCCGCCGAUACUACCGAUGCUGCCUGCGAAUGCCACGCUGUUCACCAAUCCCACUCCGCACGUCUUGGCUCAGGUUCCCGACAUCGAGUCCCAAAGUUCCGAGGAGUCGGAGACGGAGACUGUGGACUUCCACCAGCCAUUCUAG